AUGCAUCAGAAAAAGUCGAAAGAUUCCACAGAUCUGAUUCGAAUUCAUUUACUCGACGAUAACUCAACUAAACCUCAUUUGGUUGAAGAGCCAACCAUUGAGAAUGAUGAAAAUACCCAACCGUUACCCGAUACCAACAACGAAGAAGAUUUCACUUCGAAUGGACUCAGUGAUGAAGACGACGAAGAUUUAGACGACGAAGACGAAAAUAUGUCCAGUGAUAGUUUCGAAGGAGGUAAUGUUCUCCAACCCAUUAAUCAAUCCGUACAGCAACAUCAUUUGAAUAAUCUAUUAAAUACAAAUCCAAAUAUCAAUAUUACUUAUAUUCAUACUGAAAAUAUCAUGGAAAUAACUCAAAUGACUAAUGAUCAUAUCAUUGCACAAACAAUGGCUGUCCUUGCUGCAAAGCAUCGACAUGAGAAACCUACGAAUAUUCCACCAAGUGAAAGCAGAAUCUUAUCUUUUGUUGGUCCAUGUCCAUUGUAUUCUCUUGCAUCUUCGUUUGGUCUUGAUAUGCAUCAUGGUCUUUCAAAUUUUCCUUGUCGUGAUGUGUUAGCUAAUGGUGAAGGUCAUCAUCCUGCUCCUCCCUUGUGGCAACAUUUAACUUCAUCUCAUAAUUUGAAUCUAUAUUCAUCGUCAUUGCUUAUAACAGAUCUUCUUCUCCACGGUUAUUCAUCACCAGGUCGAAUUCUCUUUUCUUCAACUUCUGCUCAACCGAUUCUUCGUACAACACCACGUUAUUCAUUGAUUAAACGAUGUCCAUUGACAAAAUAUGGUGUGUAUGGCAUUCAAUAUAAACACGGAACACGUUUAUGCUCGGGUUAUACAUGUAACACAAAUAUUUACUUGCAUUUAAUAUCAUUCCAUAAAAUGACACAUGAUGCUUCAUUACGUUUAUCACGUGCUAUUGCAUUUCAUGAUAAACAAUUUAUAUUUAAUUCCGAUGAAAUUUUAGUUAGUGAAUUUUGUAAAUCUCCUCGAUUUCUAAAUAAUCCUUGUCGUUUAUUAAAGAAAAUUUCCAAGAAAAAACCGGUGAAAAUUACGUGA